CUCUCUCUCUCUCUGUGUGUGUGUGUGUGUGUCAUUCCAAUUGAGCUCCUUCUACUUGGUACCAAGAAGUUCCAAGAAAAGAUGGAGAAAUGCCUGAUCUCAACACUUGCACUACUGCUUCUUCAUCUCUUCCCAGCCAAGUGUGAGAAACCACUAGCUCCAGCUUUAUAUGUGUUUGGAGAUUCUCUUGUUGACAGUGGCAACAACAACUUCCUGGUGACUUACGCUAAAGUAAAUUACACCCCUUAUGGCAUAGACUUCCCUGGUGGUUCAACCGGCAGAUUCACCGAUGGCAAAACUGGUGCAGAUUUCUUAGCUCAAUUGCUUGGACUCCCCAUGGUUCCUCCUUAUUUGGGUCUUUCAGAGGCUCAGAAGAGCAAAACUUUAACUGGAGUAAACUAUGCUUCAGGUUCAGCUGGUAUCCUUCGUGAAACAGGACUUGCACUUGGAAAGAAUUUGUGCAUGAAGGAGCAGGUGAAGAUGUUCAAAAAGACAGUUCAAUCUUACUUGUCCAAGAACUUCAAAACCCAGGAAGAUUUGUCACAGUACUUAUCGAAGGCUAUUUUUGUGGUUUCCGUUGGCAGCAAUGACUAUAUUAACAACUAUCUCCAACCUCAAGUAGGGAUCUACAACAGUAGCCUUACAUACACAGCUGAGCAAUUUGGAGGCCUCCUUGUACAUCGACUCAAGAAAUAUUUAACAGAUCUGUACAACUUUGGAGCCAGGAAGUUCAUAGUAUAUGGGAUUGGAUCCAUUGGAUGAAUACCAGCUAUAGUAAAUAAACCUAAACUCAGAAGUACAAGAGCAAAGGAUGAAGAUGAUCAGUUUAGAUCCGAAAUCGACAAUAUUGGACUUCAUGGCACCUUACAAGAACUGAUUACCACCAUUGAAACCUCAUCCUUGGCUGCCAUAGAUAAGCUUACAACCUGUUCAGAGAAUGAAAAUCAGUUGGUAACCCAUUUCAAUAGUGGGCUUAAUGUUAUAUUAGAAGAAUUGAAUGCCAAGCUCCAGGACUCAACCUUUGUUCCCAUUGAAGUUUAUGGUCUAAGCUAUGAUACUAUCCAAAAUCCUUCAAAAUAUGGUUUCACCCAUAGAGGUCCAUGUUGUGUUUGUGGAGGCAGUGGAACUUCACUAUGUCUUAAGGAUGAAUUACCGUGCAAGGACAGAAGCAAAUAUCUCUACUGGGAUGCAUUUCAUCCAACUGAACAAUUAAACUCCAUCUUCGCGGAUCGUUGCUUCAGCUUUAGUGGUCAUUCUCCAUGCUCUGCAGUAAAUAUCUAUCAGCUUGUUCAAAAAUAGCAAGUGAGCUAUAUUGGAAGAUCCAAGAAGACCCAACAUGAAAUCAAGCGGUUUCUAAUAGAGGGGAAAAAAAAAAAAAAACCCAGC